CCCCGACAUUGAUUAUACUGGAUCUGUCCCACCUCAGUACUGUCUAGAAACACCCCUCAAAGGGAGAAGCAGCAGCCAUGAACCCUCAACAGAUGGAGCAGAUGGGCCAGUUCAGGAUCACAGUCUGGGAGGAGGAGAACUUCCAGGGCAAGCGCUGUGAGUUCAUGCUGGAGUGCCAGAACAUCAUGGAGAGGGGCUUCAACAAGAUCCGCUCCAUUAAGGUUGAGAACGGACCGUGGGUGGGCUACGAGUACCCAGAGUUUCAGGGACAGCAGUUUAUCCUGGAGAAGGGAGAUUAUCCUCGCUAUGAGGCCUGGAGUGGAAACAGCAGCUACAGAACCGAGCACAUGCUUUCCUUCAGACCCAUUAAGUGUGCCAACCACAGUGACAGCAAGGUGACCCUGUAUGAGUGUGAGGACUUCCAGGGCCGUAAGUUUGAGAUGUGCGAUGACUACCCCUCCCUACAGGCCAUGGGUUGGUGCAGCAAGGAGGUGCCCUCCAUGAAAGUCAACUCAGGAGCCUGGGUGGCCUAUCAGUUCCCUGGUUACCGUGGCUACCAGUACAUCCUGGAGAGAGACAGACACCAAGGCGAGUACAGAAACUACAACGAGUUCAGCACCCAGGCUCACACCAACCAGGUGCAGUCCAUUCGUAGGAUCCAGCACUAGAUCUUCACACUGCCUGCCUGAACCAACUUAAAAAAAAAAAGAAAAAGAAAAAAAAAAAACUUCCUUUCUAAUUGCUUCCUCACCUCGAACCCUGGACAGACCUCUGUCACAGAACAGUAGACUAACUCUUUCUAUCACUCUGUGGCUCUGGAUGUAUGGAUAUACACUUCUACUACCAUGCUGAAGCAUGUUCUUGAAAUAGGAAAUAAAGGUUUUUCUUCCAAAAUA